AUGAUUGGGAGAGAAACGCCAUUAGCUAAAGUUUUUGGAGGACAAGUCGAAGUAGUUUUCAUUUUAAUAGCUACAAUAAGUAUCGUAGUGAUGUUAAUUGCUACAAUAAGCUAUACCGAACUUCCAUACGCUAUUAUUGAUUCUACUGAAGCAUUAACCCAUAAAUCAUCAAGUAGAAAAAAUAGCGACGAUUUAAAAAUUUCUACUAUGGACAGUAAGACUUCUGAUUCUAUCCAGUCAUCUGUUAAACAGAACGAUCAGAUGGCAACAAUAAACGUUUCAACUGAAGAUAAACCACAAGCACUCACAGCAGAAGAAAUAAGUAGUUGGAAUCAUCUCUAUCAGACUUAUUAUUUUGCUAAAACUAUGCCCAAGGAAUUAAUCAUCUUGUGGAUGAUAAGUUUCUUUAGCAGUUCAUCAUAUAUUGGAUUCACCAGUUUCUUAACUGAUUUUAUAGGCCAAUCAAUCUAUCAUGGUAAUCCUCUAGCAGCGGAAAACUCGACAGCUUUGCAUCGCUAUAACCGUGGUGUCUCUGUUGGAAGCUGGGGCUUAUUGGGCUGCACUAUUAUAUCCAUUGUAUAUUCCUUGGCGCUCGAGCGAAUAACAAAAUAUAUCGGUAAUUUAAAAUCUUAA